UUCUGACCAACCUGAAACAAAUAAUAUUUAGAUUCUAUUCUAUAUAUAUUCCUAUUUCAAAUGAGCACUUUCCUUUUCCAGUUUAGUUACUGGCUUAAAUACAACCUUGUAAAAUGAGUAGAAUAUACACGUAUAAUUGUCGUUACGGUAAUUUCAGGGGCCGCAGGACAUGGUACAGAGAAUGAUUGUUCGAUGGAUCGAUUGUGCGUGCAUUACAGAUUUGUACAGGUCCAUGAAGCGCCUGCGCCGGAUGACAGUCUGCUACAAACAUGGCGGGACUGGAAGAGUUUGGAAUAUCUGAGCAGAUGACAAGGACCUUGGUCGUGACCGUGAUGAAGCCAGCGGGUCACCGCGCUGUCCUCUCGAGGUCUCCCUUGGCUACGCUGGGGGACAGGAGAGUGUCGGCCUUCUCCAGUCCCACUCCCUCCCCUGACAGCCUCGAUGGAGCUGUUGUGAACUAUCCAGGAGGAGGAGAUCCACCGUGUCACCAAGUGGAGUGUUUUUCCAAAAGCCUCUCACCACAGAGGUCAGACUGUGGUGGCAUCCCAUUAGAGGUCCCCACAUCGCCACUGAUCAACAUUAAGGAUGAACCGAUAGACGAGGACUACGACGCAGCCCUGCUGCCUCAGUCCUCCAGCAGACAGGUCAAAGAGGAGCUGGAGAACCAGGAGGAUGAGUUUAGGAUCAGCUCUGUGUACUCAGUGGGAGGAGGGCCGUCGUACAGCGCCCCCUGUGUUGAAGGUCCCACCACCCACACUCCCUCCAUAUUUGUUCCUGGGAGGAGCUUGGCUCCAGCCACAUUGUUCCAGCCUCCCUCUCCUCCCCUGGCUCUGCCCCCCCCUGGUAGAGGCGGUAGCUCUGCUAACAUCAGUUGCAGCGGCUGCUCCAAGGUGCUGUUAAAGGGACAGACGGCCUUCCAGAAGAAGGGCUCCCUCCAGCUGUUCUGCUCCACCGUCUGCCUCACUGGCUUCCUGCCUCCCACCGUCCCGGCCCGGCCCUGCCACCAGUGCCUCAAGGAAAUUGAUAACCCUAUGAAUGUGCCCAGUGUUGUGGUGGACAAAAACCUUCUAGACUUCUGCAGCCCUGUCUGCCUGUUUGCGUUCAAUUUCCAAGAGAAGACUGACCCCCCUGGCCCCGAACUUCCUUUCUGCAGCAUUUGCAAGAAGUCCAACGAGGUUCUACAUGAGGUAAUCUAUCACGGUGAGGUCCAUAAACUGUGCAGCGACUACUGUUUCUUCACAUGGCGCUGCAACCGCAACCUGGCCAUAAACUUCUGUGAGAGCUGUGGCAUGUACUGCAGCAGUAAAGGAAGUGGAUGCCAGAACUUGAUCAUAGGAGACGUCAACCUGAGGUUCUGCAGUCCCACCUGCAUCAGCACCUAUAAACAGACCUGCUCCAAGCUGAUGAAGUGUAGUCACUGUGGUAACGAGGCGAUGGUGUCCACCAUGUUGGUGAGCAACGACCCCUUGGGCAAGGUUAAACUGUACUGCAGCUCCACCUGUGUCAGCUACAGCCGGCCUCCACAACACAUUCUCUCUGGCACUUCCACCAAUCCCCUGGUUCCUCCUCAGCCUGACUUUCCGGGGACAGGCUCCUCCCCCUUAGGCACGUCCACCAAUCCCCUGGCUCCUCCUCAGCCUGACCUGCCAGGGACAGGCUCCUCCCCCUGUGGCCUCUCUCCGCUCUCCUCCUCCUGGCCAGCUGCCCCUGGUCACCCUGACGCUCCCAGCCAGACCUCCGCAGCGCCCUGUGCGUCCACCCCAGGCUCGUCCAGACCGUACGAGCAGCCACAGCAGGGCCUCACCCCCCUCUCUGCCUCACGCUUCACUGGGCCUAUCACGCUAGAUAACAGCUGCUUCCAGGAACCCUCCUCCAGGCCUGAACUCUCGCAUAAGGACAGCACUGAGACAGACGCUGUGGCUCAUCACUGGGACAUGAAGAACAAGGCCAUCAUGUGUCGACCUUUCACACACAGCCAGGAGACACUGUGCAACCUCCCAACCCAGACCACACACACACCAGCAGGCAUCUCUGGGUGUAGUUUCACCACCACUUUAAACGAGGAGAAGGUGAAAGUGGUGAUACUUCCCGUCCCUGUGCCAGUCUUCAUACCCGUGCCGAUGAACAUGUACUCCCAGUACACGCCUGUUCCCAUGCCGAUGCCCAUUCCUGUCCCUGUGCCUGUGGUGUUACCGUCUGCCCCGAGUGGCUCACAGUCCAAGGACACACAUGACCCACUCGUCCAAUCACAGGGCAUCGCUGAGGAGGUUGAGGAAGUUGAGAAGGGCAAACCUGUCUCCCAUGGAGACCAGGGGAGUACUUACAGUGGAGGUUUGGAGUCUGAGGCGAUCUCCACCCCUCUAAACUGGGCAGAGGAAUCCAACCCUGCGUCCAGCAGCCAGCGAGGGGGGGGUCCAGUGGCUGUGGACCCCCCCAGCACAUCUGAGCCGGGGGCCAUGGACUUGGAGGCUGACAUCCCCACUGGUGAGAUGGAGAGCGGUGUGACCCUUCUGAGAGAGCUGUCGUCAGGAAGCUGGCUGGAUGUAAACGACCUAGAGAAGGUUUCUCUCCCACGGAGUGCAUUGAUAGACAACAGGUGGCUACUCAUCCAAAGAGAGCGCGUGUCUGCGAACAACAGGUAACAGAUCAAGCAACGGCUCUACUAACACUACGAGAACAAAUGGUUGCAAAGAAAGCGGCCACUGAUAUCAGCCAUAUCAAUACACCAAUAACCAUCGAUGCGGUGGAACUUAAGAAAGCAGAGUUGAGGAAUCAGCUGAAGAGGCAGUC